CUAUGCCCUCACCACAUUAUAGUCUAUUUGCUCACUUCCUGGGGCAGAGUCCCAACUAAUACUUGAUUUUCUUCCAUGUUUCAAACACGUCUCCGCCGCACCAAUUCAAUUCUAGCAAAUGCUCUUUUUAAUUUUAAAUCACACCCAUUGAAGCCUGCUUCCCCUUCCCCUGCCCAAAACAAAAUAAACUAAAAAGCCCCAUCAUUUCUAGUUUCUCUCUGGCUAUUCCUCCUUCCUUCUCUUCCUCCAAUUCUUUCUUCCCUUUGAUCCUCUCUUCCCUUUACCAAAUUCAAAACGCUAAAGUUUCUCUCUCUCUCUCUCUCUCUGGUCUUGUUACUGCCAAAAUCUCCUUAGACUAUAUAUACUAUAGGGACUUCAGUUCUUUUGCCUGAUCAUGCCUUUGUUUUGUACAAAUCAAAAGCUGCAAAAGGUUCUUUUUUCGUUAUCAAAAGACCAGUAUUUUAGGGUUUUUUCUCAAAUUGCAAGACUGAACCCAUUUCUUUCUUCUCAAUUGUGAUUCUACCUGAAUAAUCUGAAGUCUUUUUUGGUUGCCAAACAGUCAGUUUUUCUUGCACAAUGUCUGAUGAUAUGUUGAUUCAUUUUUCCUCCAACUCUUCCAAUCAAUCAGACCAGUCCCUGCCUACCAAGAUUGCCAAACUCGAAGCUCGCAUGGUGGGUAAGGCCUCUUCUGUAGCCUCUACCCCCGCCCAACCUCAGCAACUGCAGCAGCAACCCACUUGGUCCUCUGUCUCUUCCGCAGUGAAAUUUGGGCCCGCCGAGGACUUGAGUGAGCAGAUGAGUUCCAGUGAUUCUGAUGAUUAUAAUGGAGGGGAGUUUCUUAUACAAGCGAAUACUCAGAAGCGCCAAAGAAUACAAGAAGAUAACAAUUCAUCUGCUUUUGAACAUCUUGAGAUGACCCAGGAAGUGGCUGAUGGAAGGCAAAAGAUCGUAGAAACCGUGGAGACAAAGACCAGUGUUGAUACAAAUAGGAGAAAACAAGGGCGUGGUAGAGGGCAUUCUGUUUCAGGUAGAGGUCGUGGUUCCAGGGGCAAUGAUCAGAUGAGAUCACAAAUUUCUUCUUCAAUGGCAUUAUCUCCAAAUGAUCAGCUUGAGAAUUCAUACCUCAAGGAUAAUAAGCAUAAAGACAACUUACACAAUGAUGGUUGCACUCUAGUAGAGGAGGACAUUACUUCCCUACGUGCGAAAGUUGCAGCACUAGAGGAGGAGCUUCGUAAAUCUCGACAAGAGGCCUCUGAUAAUCAAAAUCUCUGUCAGCAAUUAGAAAAGGAAUUGAAGGAACUAAAAGAUUAUGAGCAACAAAUGAAGCCCAAGAGAACAAAAAUGAUAUCUGAUCUGCUGAUAUCUGUCUCAAAAGCAGAAAGACAAGAAGCUAGGAUGAAGGUCCGACAGGAUUCUUUAAGACUUGGCAACGUGGGUGUGAUCAGAGCUGGAACUGUCAUAUCUGAGACCUGGGAGGACGGGCAAGUGCUAAAAGAUCUAAAUACUCAUCUUAGACACUUAUUGGAAACAAAGGAGGCAGUUGAGCGGCAGAGGAAGUCAUUGAAGAAACGACAAUCUGACAAGGGAGAUGGAACAGAUGCAGAGUUAGGAGCACAAGAAGAUGAUUUUCUCAUCCAGGAUGAGAUUUUUAAAUCUCGUCUGGCAAGCAUUAAGCGUGAGGAAGAAAUUAUUUUGCGUGAGAGAGAUCGUUAUGAACUUGAAAAAGGACGUCUCAUACGUGAAAUGAAACGAAUACGAGAUGAGGAUGGUUCCCAUUUUAAUAAUUUUCAGAUUUUGAAUCACCGAUAUGCCCUCCUAAACCUCCUUGGCAAAGGAGGAUUUAGUGAGGUUUACAAGCAGGCUUAUGAUUUGGUAGAGCAUAGAUAUGUUGCAUGUAAGCUUCAUGGUCUAAAUGCUCAAUGGAGCGAGGAUAAGAAGCAAAGUUACAUAAGGCAUGCAAUACGGGAGUACAAUAUUCACAAGACGUUGGUGCAUAAUCACAUUGUUCGGCUUUGGGACAUUUUUGAGAUUGACCAGAAUACAUUCUGCACUGUCUUAGAGUAUUGUAGCGGAAAAGAUCUUGAUGCUGUGCUUAAAGCAACGCCUAUAUUGCCUGAGAGAGAAGCUCGGAUCAUUAUUGUGCAGAUAUUUCAAGGCCUUGUAUACUUGAAUAAAAGAGCACAGAAGAUUAUCCAUUAUGAUCUGAAGCCCGGGAAUGUUCUAUUUGAUGAGUUUGGUGUUGCUAAAGUUACAGAUUUCGGUCUGAGCAAGAUUGUGGAGGAUGACGUUGGAUCCCAGGGAAUGGAACUUACAUCCCAGGGAGCUGGAACAUAUUGGUACUUGCCACCAGAAUGCUUUGAGCUCAGCAAGACUCCUUUAAUAUCAUCAAAGGUUGAUGUCUGGUCAGCUGGGGUUCUAUUUUACCAAAUGCUCUUUGGCAGACGUCCUUUUGGGCAUGACCAGACUCAAGAACGAAUAUUACGUGAAGACACAAUUAUCAAGGCUCGCAGGGUUGAGUUCCCUUCAAAGCCUUCUGUCUCUAAUGAGGCAAAGGAUUUUAUUCGCCGAUGUCUAACAUAUAACCAAACUGAGAGACCAGAUGUUCUAACUAUCGCUCAAGAUCAGUAUCUUACAUACUCAAAGAAGUAGUGUACAAAGGCUCGGAUAAGAAGGGUUGCAUGGGCCAGGAAAGCUGACAAUUUCUACCGAUCAAUACUUGAAAGGGGAAAAAAAACGUUGUUCAGCAAUACCAACUUGGAAUUUUGUAUAUGCUAUAAAGGUUUUGUAAAAACUUUUCCCCUGGCUUUUGAGGGCAAGAUUUUAGUUCCCCUCCCCUCCCCUCCUUUUGGGCUAAAGUUCAUUUUGGCAUCUUGAUUCGUUUGUUAUAACAGAUGCUUAUUAUAUUUUUGAGAGAGGAAAAAAGAAAAUGACCUGUACAGAAAAGUUUAUUUAAUUUAAGGAAAUGGAGAAGGGAUGUUUAAUGCAUUGUAGCAUUUGAUUAAAACUUUAGAGACACCACUAGUUAGUUCUUGAGUUUUACUAUUAUUAAUAUUUAGGCUCCUUGUAUUUGAAAAAUAUGUUGUUUAAUCCCUCAGUGUUGCUUUUGUCAUA